AAAAAAAAGGGAAAAAUUCAACUCUCCUGGGAAUUUGCUUGGUGGGUAUAUAAGCUUAUAAAAAUUGGUCCAACUACCUCAGUCUCUCGUUCAAGUUUUCUUCUUCUAGUUCUUCUUUUCUUCUUCCAGAAAAUGAACCAAUUAACAACAAUGUUUUUAACAUUGGCGACAAUUUGGUUACUAUUUGGAAAAAUUGAGACAAAAUCAAAUUCGGAACAUAUUGCAGUUCGUCCUAGAAUCUUUCACAAUGUUCCAUUAUUUCCCAGCUUCGCAAUGGAGGAUCAAAUUUUUGAAGAAGAUGAUGACAUACCACAUCCAAAUAAGAGGCAAAAAUUUGACGAUUACGGUCACAUGAGAUUUGGCAAACGUGAUCAAUUUGAAGAUUAUGGACAUCUUCGUUUUGGUAGAAAUCAACAGUGAUUGAAAUAAUUUUUAAUAAUCUGCGAAUCAUUAGUUAUAUAUGUAAAUUUUUAACUGUGGAUUAUGAAUUUAACAAAAAAAAAAUUGAUUAAUUUAACAAUUUUAAUCCAAGUUGAAAAUUAAUUUAUUUUAAACUUCCUCUAGAAACACAAAAAAGAAAAAUAAAUCAAACCCUUGUAGAACAUUGAAAAAAUAUUUCCGACAAUAAAUAAUAAUG